AUGUCAGCUGGGAGUAGUUCAUUAGCAAAAGCAGCUGCCGCUUUCAAGCUGGCAAACGACGGUCUGUCUCCAUUCGCCAGUCAACUAGUGUCCGAUGUCAUCAAGGCACAAAGAAGAAAAGAGAGCGAAUCUCGUGCACAGCCGACACAAGUGAGCGUGAAUACUGUAUCGAAGAUCGUGGAUAUGGUUCAAGAUGACGAGAAAUCGGAGAGGAAUGCGUUGGUUGUGACACUUUCGUUUUAUGGUCUUUUGAGAGCUGAAGAGGCUUCGAUGUUGAAGUGGUCGGACGUCCAUCAGUCAGGAAAUAUGCUGAAGUUGAAGAUAAGGAGGGCCAAAAACGAUCAAUUAGCUAGAGGAAGAGAGACGUUCUGUGAUUGA